AAAGUACAGUGUCCCAGUGCCACUAUAAAGCCCCCUUUGUCCUUCCUUUGCUUUUGGAUCCCGGCUAGCCCUCCUUGAACCCUGUUUGUCAGCAUGUGCACCGGAGCCUGUUCGAAGUUUGUGGCCAUUGCACUGUACCCGCUGGCUGCAGUGUCGAUCAUCUGCAACAUCAUUCUCUUCUUCCCUGACUUCAGCACCGACUACGCAUCCGAGGAUGGAGAGAAGACCCCCCGUAUCACACAGGAGGUCAAGUACAUGGGAGGGCUGGUCGGUGGAGGAAUCAUGGUCUUGGUUCCAGCCAUCCACAUCCACCUGACCAGUGCCCGUAACUGCUGCGCCAACCGCUGUGGGAUGUUCCUGUCCAUUGGCUUUGCAGCGCUUGGUGUGGUUGGCGCCAUCUACAGUAUGAGUGUUGCAGCGCUGGGCCUGUCCAAUGGUCCCACAUGCUUUUGGACCAGCGACAAAAACCUCCCAGCACAGUGGGGAGCACCCUUCGCCAACAGUAGUGGGAGUUAUCUGAGCAACUCUGACAUGUGGGCAUGGUGUCAGCUCCCAAAGAACGUGGUCCAGUUUAACCUGGGCCUUUUCUCCACUCUGCUGGUGUGCUCCAUCCUGCAACUCAUCCUGUGCCUCGUGCAGAUGGUCAACGGGCUCUUUGGCUGCCUCUGUGGCACCUGUGGUGGCAAGGAGUGAAUGGAACGUCUCCUGGUGCAGGAUGAAAGCUCUGCUAGCCUGAAGAACAAGCCAUGCACCAUGUUUUGUUUUUGUUUGUUUUUUCAAAUGCAUUACAAAACAUCAGGUUUUUAACCAUAAAUCGGCGUUGUGUGUGAUAUUGUUUUGACUUCAUUACAGUUGAAUAGUCAUUAAAUGCACUCCAUGUGAAUCAAAUGGUAAAAACUAUAAAAAACAUAAACACUAGAAUGUGUUUUGGAGCAUUGAUGUAUGAUACUGUACAUGUUUGUACCUUGUAAUACUGUAAAAUAAAAAAUAAAUUUAACUAUUUUUGUUCUUUUA